GUCGGUAGGCGAAACAAAUUUGCAACCACAAAGAGGCAGAACAGAGUGUUGUCUGAUUUUUCAAGCUUUAACCCAGAAAAAAAAAAAACCACAAAGAGGAGACUUUCUUCUGACGCUUUAACCCUAAAUUAUUUGUGUUACAUCACGACCCUUGCUUGCUGAAGAAGAUGCUGUCUGAUCUACCAAGGGAUUUGGCAGAGGAUGUGCUGAUUAGGCUUCCAAUGACAUCUAUGAGAGCUGUGCGAUCUGUUUGCAUAAAGUGGAACACUUUAUGCAAAGGUCGGAGCUUUACAAAGAAGCACCUUGCUCAAGCUAAAGCAGCAGCCACAAGCGAGUUUAUGUCGGUUAUGGUGAUUAAUAAUCGGGUUUAUCUGAUGAGCGUCAACCUCCACGGAAUUCACAACAACGUUGAACCAUCAAUAAGCCAUCUAGGUAAACUCGUUAGCCUAACCAAUUCAGAUGGAGACGAUUACGAUAUAUCUGUAGUCUAUCACUGCGAUGGUUUGUUGUUAUGCAUCACGGAAGACCCCCCUAGGUUCGUUGUUUGGAAUCCUUAUUGCGGCCAAACCCGGUGGUUCGAACCAAUACGCAGACCUAAUCCUAGAUACGCUAUAGGAUACGAGAAUAGCAAAUCAUGCCGCAGCUACAAAGUGUUGAGAUUCUGUGAACCUUCUCCCGGAUACGUUCGGUAUGAAUUGUACUACAUCAACUCUAAAUCACCUAGUGAUAUCAUGUCUAUCCCUGUUACUAUCUUUCCAGAUUGGGAUAUAGAGUUUUAUGCACGUGGCGUGUCUCUCAAGGGAAACACUUAUUGGUUUGCUCAAGAAAAUUGUGUAGGAGACGACGGAACAGAAACAGGGAAGAGGAUACGUUACAUUUAGAGAUAUGGAUUACGACUAAGAUUGAGCCCGAAGCGGUGUCAUGGGGCAAGAAGGUCUUCUUAGCUGUGAAUAUGAAACCACUCGAUGAUUAUGCA